GAACAGAGUAAGCGUAAGGAACUAGGGUAUCAAUAAAAUAAGAGCAACUAAUGGUACAACAGAAAAUGGCGACGAUGAAUGAAUGAGUCAUGCAGUCACUCACUGUCCUUCGGUUACAUGUUGUGCAGCCAAUGCCAUAGAGUCCCUCUUUUAUACAUGAAAGGAAGCUGUCGCUGCUCUUGGACACUAAAACCCACGGCACAUUUGCAAAAAAAGGUGUAACGCUGUGCUUGAAUUGGCUUGUAUCUCUCUCUCUCUCUCUCUCUCUCUCUAGGACUGUGCGCUGCUGGCAUCACACAGCGUGCAGGAGGAGAGAGGGAGUCGACUGGGAGGGAAGCUCUCUGCCAUAAUCCUUUCCUUUUCUUCACUCCUUUCUUCCCUCCUCUCCCCCUGCACCUCAUUAGAGCGCAUCGUCUCUGCACGGUCACCUCCACGCGAGGCACAGCUCUUUUCCCUUCAUCUUUCCAUCUCUCUCCGCUCAGCCCAUCUCUUACUCCUUCCCUCCGUUUGCUCCUCUCCUCUCUCUCGCUCGGGCACCAGGGGCAGGACACGGCUUCGGCUACACCGGGCACGCGGAGGGGACCCCGGAGCCCCAAACCAGCGGCCCGGAGGGGGGCACCAGGGUACCAGCCCCCUUUCACACCAGCCGGCACCUCCAAUUACUCAGCUUCACAGGAGAAUCAACUGCCACCCCACUCCUCAAUGGCUCCGAUCUCAUCUGCAGCCUACAUCCUCUGCGGUUUUAAUGUACUGCAGACUCUCAGCUUCCAGAAGUCGCCUUCCCAUUGGAGGGCACCACGGGACAAAGACCCGGCCAGAAAAACGCAGGAAGACGGAAUGUCGCUAGCGGUGCAGGACAUAACGGCCACCUCGGCCACCGUCGCCUGGUCAGCCGUCCCAGGGGGCUGCAGGGGGGGCUUCUACAGCGUGAUGUACCACCCCAACUGGAACAGUCUGCUGACGGGCCACGCCCACCGGAACUUCCUGCGCGAGGUGGCGGUGCCGGCCGGUCAGACCAGCGCCGGCCUGGGAGACCUCAGCCCCCACACCACCUACGUGCUGUGCGUGACGUGCCAGGCCGCCACGCCCGCCAGCCCCGCCCACCUCUCCCGGGACCGCUGCCGGGUCUUUAACACCCUGGAGGAGGAGGCGGCGCCCGGGAGCAGGGCAUGGGACGGGGCCAGCGGCGAGCUGGCCAUGGGGGUGUGGCUGGCCAGCACCAUCCUGCUGGCGGUCAUCGCCGGGGUCCUCCUGUAUGGCUGCCUCCGGGCCUGGUGCCACUGGGAGCAGGACUGGAACGGUCACGGCGGGAACGGCAAGGGGGCCGCGCGACGCCCCAGCUCCGCCUCCUCCACGGGGAGCCCCAGCCGGUCGGCCGUGACCCCGCCUCCUCGCACCUGCGCCCCGGAACAAGCGGCGCUAUCCGCGCAGCCCGACCCACAGGAACCCCGCACAACGCCUUAAACCCUCCCACCUGCCCCCGCGACUACAUUCCACAGUCCCACCGCUCCUUAUACUACUGCUAGAGAGGCCUGCUGUUAGCUUAUGGGACAAACUCCACAUAAAACGGACACAAAUUCAAUGACAUUUGGACCCUUGAUGCUUUUAUUGCUUCAGGAAGACCGCACUGUAGAGUUUAAAAGAAGCUGGUGUGGGGGGGGAAAAAAA